UGUAAAUAUAUUACAAAUCAUUUCAGUCCUAAUUGAAAGAAGUAUGAAGAUAAUUAAAUGGGAUAGACAUGAUAAACUCAAUCAAAAAGUAUUUGAUGAAGCACGAAUUUUAAUAUUAUGGAAUAAAUAUCUUAUGUCAACUUUAGGCUUGUGGCCCAAUAAUAAAAGUGACUUAAUUUUUGUAAGUUUAUUUUGUUAUUUAUGCUAUGCUUUCAUACUAAAUUAUAUAGCACUUUAUUAUGCCUUGAAAUCUCUGAAUUUGGUAAAUAUUAUUGGCACCACAGUGGAAAGUAUUACACUUUUACAAAUUUGUAUACGUUUAUACACAAUGAGAAGAUAUAAUAAAUAUUACGGUACAUUACUUAAUCAAUUUUUGUUAGAUUUUUCUAUAAAAAAUUAUAAAAAUGAUGAAGAACGAAGUAUGUUUUUAUCUUACAAUGUACGUUCCAAAUUUUUUAUCAAAAUAGGCGUUGUAUCUAUAGUACUCACAGCAAUGCUUUACUUUACGAAGCCUCUCAUACGACAAUUACAUUUUACGAAAAAUUUUAAUUCAACCGUGACUAUUAAUUAUGAUUUGCCAUAUCGAAUACACAUUUUAUAUAAAGUAACAAACAUAAAGCGUUACAUUAUUACGUAUAUUUCUCAGAUUCCUUUACUAUUCAUAAUUAUUUUUACACAAACUUCAAUGGAUUGUUUAACAUUAAGUAUCAUACUACAUCUAUGUGGUCAAUUAGGAGUUCUCUCUAUUAGAAUUAAUAAUUUAAAUGUAAUGAAUGAAAUGAAAGAGUUUCGCCAGAUUAUCCAACGACAUCAAGAGUUAAUAAUAAUUGGAUUAAAACUUAAAGCUGUAUAUCGACUGUGUUUAUUUGUUCAUUUUAUUGGUGCAAGCGUAGGAAUUUGUAUUCUUAUUUAUCAAGUGCAGUUGAAUGUAUCUUAUGGACAAAUGACAAACUUAUUAACAUUUUUCGGUUAUGGUUUUUUAAAUACUUUCCGGCUCUAUACGCACUGCUGGGUAGGAGAAUAUCUCAUUCACGAGAGUGUUAAUAUUUCAAAUGCAUUUUAUCAAUGUCAGUGGUACGAUUUGCCUAUAAAAGAUCAAAAGAGUAUAAUAUUUUGUAUUACAUGCUCACAACAACCACUUUCAUUAGUAGCUGGAAGUUUUGGCGACUUUUCUUUCACGAUGUUUACAAAUAUUAUGAAAUCGGCAAUGGCAUAUCUAUCUUUUUUACGAAAUUUCAUUUAA